GGGGACGGGGCCUCCGUCUCCUCCUCCGCUGCGGGCCGCGGCGAGAUGGCUGCCACCGAGGGAGUCGGGGAGGCUGCGCCAGGCGGCGAGCCCGGUCAGCCAGAACAGCCGCCGCCCCAGCCGCACCCACCGCCGCUCCAGCAGCAGCAGGAAGAGGCGAUGGCGGCCGAGGCCGGAGAAGCGGUGGCGUCCCCCAUGGACGACGGGUUCCUGAGCCUGGACUCGCCCACCUAUGUCCUGUACAGAGACAGAGCAGAAUGGGCUGAUAUUGAUCCGGUGCCACAGAAUGAUGGUCCAAAUCCAGUGGUCCAGAUCAUCUAUAGUGAAAAAUUCCGGGACGUUUAUGAUUAUUUCCGAGCUGUUCUGCAGCGGGACGAAAGGAGUGAACGAGCUUUUAAACUGACGCGAGAUGCUAUUGAGUUGAAUGCAGCCAAUUACACAGUGUGGCAUUUUCGGAGAGUUCUCUUAAAGUCGCUUCAAAAGGAUCUACAUGAGGAAAUGAACUACAUCACUGCAAUAAUCGAGGAACAGCCCAAAAACUAUCAAGUUUGGCAUCAUAGGCGAGUCUUAGUGGAAUGGCUCAAAGACCCAUCUCAGGAGCUUGAGUUUAUUGCUGAUAUUCUUAAUCAGGAUGCAAAGAAUUACCAUGCCUGGCAGCACCGACAGUGGGUUAUUCAGGAAUUUAAGCUUUGGGAUAAUGAACUGCAGUAUGUAGAUCAGCUUCUAAAAGAGGACGUGAGGAAUAACUCCGUCUGGAACCAAAGACACUUCGUUAUUUCAAACACCACUGGCUACAGUGACCACGCUGUGCUGGAGAGAGAAGUCCAGUAUACCCUGGAAAUGAUCAAACUAGUACCACAUAAUGAAAGCGCGUGGAACUAUUUGAAAGGGAUUUUGCAGGAUCGGGGUCUUUCCAAAUAUCCUAAUCUAUUAAAUCAGUUACUUGAUUUACAACCAAGCCACAGUUCCCCCUACCUAAUUGCCUUUCUUGUGGAUAUCUAUGAAGACAUGCUAGAAAACCAAUGUGACAACAAGGAAGACAUCCUUAACAAAGCACUAGAGUUAUGUGAAGUCCUAGCUAAAGAAAAGGACACUAUCAGGAGGGAGUAUUGGAGAUACGUGGGGAGAUCCCUGCAGAGCAAGCACAGCACAGAGAGCGACCCGCCAGCAGACGCACAGCAAUAAGUAGCACCAUCCACAAGGACUGCUGGGAUGCUUUUAUUUUUUUAAGGGACUUCACUGCAGAGCUUAAAACUAGAGUGGUCAUUCCUUUGCUCGUGGUGUAAAUCUUGGCACUGCGCAGGUCCUGCUUCUUAACAAGAACUAAGUGGGGUGCUCCUUGGGUGCUGCUGCUAUUCAGACUAGCUCUAAGUAAUUUGAUUCUUGUAAAAGCAAAGUAAUUGGAGGAGAGGGGUAAGAACAUUCCCAUAACGGAACUUUUAUAGUCCUGUCUUACCAACAUUUACUCGGACUCUUAGCAUCUACCCCUCCCUAAAUGGUAUGUUGUCAGGAUUUGUAGCAAUAAUGAUGACAGGUCAGUUGUGGGAGAUGCAAUUGUUACAUCAGAACUGCUAUGCCACACUCACAAUAUCUUGCUAUCACUGUAACUAACUAAUGCCAAAAGAAUGGUUUUGUAAUAAAAUUACAGAUGUAUCUACAAA